GUGGGGAAGUACAACGUGCGCUUAUUUCUCCUGUCACCUACUAUGAUGGGCCCCAAGACUAAGAAAACUCCAUCUCCCUCUCUGACUUGUACAACCCUACUGAAAGAUGAGGAAACCAGGCGUCCUAAGCCACGAAGACAUGGAAACCCGAAGGAACGCUGUCAGAUGCACCACAAGCAGUACAUGACACUGACGAAGAAAUACAAAAAGGCCGCACAACUUGUUUACGAGAUGCUUGGUGGGGCAAUGAUUCCCACCAAGGCAGAGAUCUUAUUGUACAACAGCAUACACAAUACAUUAGAGAAGGCGUGCUUGAUGAAGAAGUACGUCAGUGCUAUCAGGGAGGAAGACACAACCAAUCUUUCGUAUGAUCUACGAAGCAUCAGAAACCAUAUCAGUCUCUGCGGUGUCCUCAUCACCGACAUGGUCAAUAUGCGAUGUCCGAAACUUCCUAUUGAGCCAUUCCCGAGUACAAAACCAGUCUCUCACCCGGGCUACAGGAUGUGGGCUAAUGUAGAAUUUCGGUCAUACACAUUUGGCGCAGUUCGCAACGAGCCCGGCAGCUUUACUGAUGCCUUUCUGGAGGAGCUUCGUGGUAGACUGGACAUGUUUUAUGUCAUAACACGCUCAGAGACUGUACCGGGCAGGGACAUUGAGACCUUUGGGACUGUGUCCGCCCAAACGAAACUCGUUAUGAUGUUCGAAGCACGCAUAGAUGCUUCCGCUCCGAAAGCUCAGGGAGUGGUCCGUUAUGCGAAGUGCGGUCGAAAUUCUAUACGGAAUGGUGGGUUACCUGACGGCUUUGGAUCGUCCCAAAAAACCAAUCGCCAUGUUUCGCAUUUGAUGAGAAAUGUAGCUUGGGCUGCUUCUCGCACACAGGGCCUAGCAACAGGGAACUAUGACGCGAGGAUAUAUGCAAGGGCGUCAGACAAGUUGGUGCAAGCCCAUGCUUCUAAGCGUUUGUUAUUUCUCCCUUCAGAUAGCUGGUAUGUUGGACGUCUACAGGGUACCUAUUGA